ACCUGGUGGACCUGGUGGAGUUUCAUAAUAAUGGGGUUUCUCACUGGAAUGAUGACAUCUUUUACACGGAUUUCAGCGUCAAUGUGUUCAAGUGUUGUUGGUUUUUGUUUAAUUUGACGAGCUAAUGUAGCGAAAUUGUAUGGACAUUUGUUUAAAACAAGAUUUGACGAUGUCACAGCAAUGUAGCUUCCAGCCUGAGUUCACCACAACUAGCCAGCCAGCAGACGGCACUAAAUGAACGCUGGCCCGGGCUAGAGCCGGACCAGAAGUGUAAAUAUACUACUAUCGAACUUUUAACCUAGUUUUGAUUGUAUGCAAGCGGGUAGAAGUAGAAGAGAAAAUAUGGCGGAAAGGUAAGUCACUACUUAGCCUAAUAUAACUAUUGAAUUACGGGACGCCCCACAUAGGCCUAUAUAUUUUAUUAGUAUGCAAAUAAAUAUUAGCAGCUUCUCGUGCAAUGCCUAGACUACGUUUAGGUAAUCAAUAUAUUAUAUAUAUACUGAUAGUUGCAGACUUUGAGAAGCACAGUUUUCAAUAUGACCAAUAAGAACUUUAAAAAAACAAUAAUUUGUUUGGUAAGCCUAAAAAUAACGGAAAUAUGUGUUACAGUUACAGUAUAUAAUAUAAAUGAAAUAAAAAUGUGAUGGUUAAUUUUUGGAGGCCCUUCUUGUUACUUAAGCACGAGGUAACCUUUUCACAAAUACUAAAAUGUAAAUCGAAUGUGAUUAGUUCUAUUUAUAUCCACAACAUUUUUUUUAAGGCCCGUGUGGGGCAGAGAGAAGAGACGGGGGGAUGGUGAGGGGGUCACGACCGUGCCGGGAAAUAGCUACGCCCCGGGGUGUAGCCUGAAAAUAGCGCCCCAAUCCCGUUAAAUCAAAAUACGGUGUCCUAUAUAAAUAUAAGGAUAAUUUACACUUUUGGAGUUUUUCAAGCUGGCGCCCGGGGUGGUUGCCUCCCCUUUUCGCACGGCCUUGUGGGAAUGCUGUGUCACCUUUUUAUCGGGAAGUAGGCGUAUUCGGUCCUGUGGGGUGGGGAAUUCCGAGGUUCGAAAGUCUGGCUCCUUGCCUUUUUGAAAUGGUUGGCAUUUGGGGGUGGGGGUGAUCCGCCCUGGGGGCAACAUUUAUUUGGGGCGGCAUCUUUGGUCAACUUUUAACACAUGAAAAAGCCUUUAUUUCUGCACAUCCUGUGUGGAUUGUGUUUUUCGUGAAUUGUUGGUGGCAAAAUCAAGGACCAUCCCUUGCGUCAUUAACUAUCGCUCAACUACUGGACUGAGGAGGGAUGCGUCGACAAACAACAUAGAACACAUGAUACUCAUAAGUAAAAUACAAUAAGACAUCCCCCUUUCCAUUUUUUAUCACCGAUUAAACAAUAAUAAUAAUCAUAAAUCUGAGGAGUACAUAGCGAGGAAUGAGAGCAAACGUGAAGAAAUAUCAUUCACAGUCCAAGCUGUCCCAAUGUAGAUGACAUGAGGUCUAAUGCCCUCCCCUGAAUUUUGCUAAUAUUUUGUCCAUGCUGAGCCUACUCGUCAAGUUUGUUCUGUAAUACCUCAAGAGUACAAUCGGUUUACUUGUACCGGUAUACAAAUUAAUCCAUUUUUUUGCCAACCUUUUUUGUCCCACGUCCCACCUGAGCAACUAAAAAAAAGUCUCAUGCCCCCUGUCCUGUCUACCCUCCCCCCCCCUCAAUUUAAAAUGUUAAUACAUGUUCCCAGCGACGAAUUACUCCCCCCAUAAUCCCAAUACAUGAUAUACAUAAAUCUGGUAUGAAGGUCAGGCCAUGCCUCCAAAACUUUAACGUCAGAUGACCACCACAGUGACGUAGGGUGAGAGAUGGCACUUUUUUAUCUUUAUAUUGGAAGGCAGAAUUUUUCGGCCAACUGCGGAGAAAAAAAUAGUGUCCCCUCACUGGUGACGUUGGAUUAGAAUUCCUGUACAGUUGCGAAAACAUUCUGAUCAUCACAGCGUAUUACGUCAAUCUCUGUGCAAACAUCCAUUAGCGGUGCUAACAUCCAUUUGCACUUUUCAGAUAGUUCAACUUAAUGUUUCAAUUCAUUGUUGAGCUGCUUAAAGUAUCAUGUGUAGGGUGAAUAGUCAAGCGGUUGGGGGGAGGGAGGGUGGGGUAUACGUUUCUAUCUGAGGAUGAGGAGUAGCAAUUUAUAGAUUCAAAUAAUCGAAAUAACUGGGAAAGUAGGUGUUAGAAAAUGUUGACUGUCAAGGCAUUUAGAUUUUAUUCACCGAACGUGGUAGAGCAUGUCAGAGGUUUAGACAUCAGAGGUUUAGACAUCAGAGGUUUUGACAUCAGAGGUUUAGACAUCAGAGGUUUAGACGUAAGGAUGCCUUUCUGUCAUCAGCUGUUCGAGGUCCAAAGAGACAUUUAAAACAGGCAAGCUGGUCUGGAUGGGACACGUUGAGAGAAUGCAAGGCGAUGGAGAAUUAAAGGUGAAAUAUAGACAAAAACCAAAUGGGAACACGGCCCAUCAAUAGACCAAGACUGAGAUGGACUGAUGACGUGGAGACGAAUUUACAUUAGUCGGCGGUCCGUGCAUGGAGACAAAAGGCCACGGAACUGUCCAGUGGAAGGAUGCAAGCCAGUGCCCUAGCCGGCCUUUUGUGCCAUUGAUGAUGAUGAUCCUGUAAACAUGCUAAGGCUCUGUUCAUAUAUUUUCAGAUGUCCAGUAAAGUCCAGAAGUCGGCGUGAUAAGGAAAAUGAAAUUUUCAGCGAGUUAUCCUCCUUGCUCCCAGAAGACUUGCUCCAUGACACAAAGCCGGACAAAUUGUCAGUGCUUCGAAUGACGCUGGCGUAUAUGAAAUGUAGGAGUCAUUUGGAAACAGGUCACGUUUUUAUAAUGAGUCUUUCAGACUUUAACAAUACAUACACAUAUAUAUAUAUGUGUGUGUGUGUGUGUGUGUGUUUAUUUAUUUAUUUUUUUAUUUAUUUAUUUUUUAUAUUUUACAUACAAUUAUUUUGCAUUUCGGUGAAGCAAUAACAAUUAAUACAGUAGUUAAUAUGAAUAUAAAUGCAACGUUAGUAGCAGAUUUAACUAAUUUUAACUUUUUUUCGCGGUGGGUCACAAAAAAUAAUUAGCCGCGUGUUUAAUUAGUAUUUAUCACACGAUUGGUGUAUGUUUGGAAGGUCUGUAAAUAAUGCAAGAAAUAAUGAACCAAGUUAUAAAGCUGUCUUUUUUUAUAGUUCUCCUUCUACACCACCAGCCUACCCCCCCCCCCCUUUUUCCGCUCCCUUGACUCCCUCUCUCUCUUUCUCUCUCCCUCCCUCUCUCUCUUUCCUACUCUUUCUCCCUCGUUAAUAAUAAUAAUUGUUUUUUUUCCUUUUAUUUGUAUAAAAUUUUAUAGAAAUCAGGGUGUUCUGUAUUCAUAAGAACUAAAGAAACUAUGAAUUGUAGUUAACAUUGUAGUACUGACACCAUUGUGCACUCUCCAGAUUCUGCCGAUUUAAACGAGUGCCUCGCACCGGAUUCUGAAGAGGAUGCAUACCCGCCCCAAGAUACCUCCCCACCACUCGCAAUGUUGGACAACGACGGCAACGUUGUGGCUGGAACGCUGGUCAGUCAUAAAAACGCGGUACGCGAUUCAGACAUCAGUCUACCAGACUCGGUUCUAUCCAAGCUGGAGCAGACGUUCCUCUGUGAAAAUCCUGGCACGGUCGUGGAUGUGGAGCAGAGAUACGAAAAGCUCCAGAAAUACAAAGAGGGUUUGGAGAGGGGCAUGAAGGAGUUUUUGGGCCAGACCUUGGGCGACGCUGCAGUGAUCGUCAAGAAGAAGAUGCCGGAUGUUUCUUCGGGAAAACAAAAGUCGACUAAACGUCCAAUUAAAAACAAGUGCAUCUUGGCAACCGAUCAGGAGAACAAUCAUAAUAUGUUACAAAAUGGUGUCUCAGGACACGAAUUUGGGAUCGAGCAGAUGUCAUCGAUUUCCAAAGAGGCAUCUCUUAUGCUUGAAGCCUUGCCAGGAUUUUUCUUGAUAUUGGACAAAAAUAAAAGAGUAAUUUUUAUAUCGCAUAACGUGGGAGAAUUGUUAGGGUUUUCUCAGGUAAGUUUAUGCACUUGACCUGAAUGGAAUAUUUUAUACAGCCUAACUGUUAAAUAGGUUAUCACAAUCUGAUGAAUACUUGUAAAACUACCGUUUAAUUUUUUUUUUAAAGUUGCCAAUGAAUUAUAUUAUAAUAAAAUAAGACUCAAGAAAUGUAAAUGUAACCCAUCACAUAUGCAACAUCGAUAAAGACGUGAUGAUUAAGAUAGUUGUUAAAACAUCUUUAAAGAUGGAUAGAGUUAAAAUGCCAACACUUUCUAUGACACAAUUGAACGAUUGGUUGAUCACCAGUGUAUUGACGCAAUUACUAUGAGUUUUCUCGUUCUGUGACACUAUGCAUUGGACACUUUUCCUAACUCAAUCAUUUUAAAUCUUCCUUCUGCUUGCAGUCAAAUGUUAUUGGUCAGGAUAUUUCAGAUUUUAUAUUUGACAAAGACUAUCAUGAGAUUGAGAGACAGAUGUGUGAUGAACAGUUUCAAGGAGGUAGGCCUUAAUCUCAUUCGAACGUUUUUCUGGGCGUAGAUAACUUUUUGUAUAAAACAAGAAACUACUAAUCUAUUUUUGCUUAUAAAUCGUUAAACAAAACACAUUUCUAAACCAAUUUAUACCCUUUCAGUUUUAGCCGUUUAAAGCUAUAUUUAAUUAAAUAUUGGGAUUCCAUUUCAAAAUUUUAAAUACUAUUAUUUAAAUUUCAUGAUUUAAUCAUCAGAUAAAACUAAAGGCGUCCAAUUCAGAAGUUUGAAAAGAACAUUUUAUCUGGCAAUGAAAUUUUGUUUCCAGAAGCCUGGUUCCCGGCACAAGACUUGUGGGUAUAAGGUAUAUUAUAAAUUUCUUAUUGCCACUUUAGAAGUUUUGAUAGCAAUUAUUUUUAUUUAAAAAAAUUCUCAAUAAACUUUUUUAAUGUGCAUCAGACUUUUUUAAUUUUUAAUUUUCAUUAGCCCUGAACUUAACUAGUUUUUUCCCUUCCAAUUAAGGAAGGCUUUUUAAAUUAUGCUUUAUUUUGCGCAUUAAAAAAAAAAAAAAACAAAAAAAAAAAAAAAAUUUUUUAAUUUUUAAUUUUUAUUAGCCCGUAAAUUAAAUAGUUUUUUCCCUUCCAAUUAAGGAAGGAUUUUUAAAUAAUGCUUUAUUUUGCGCAUAAAAAAAAAAAAAAAACAAAAAAAAAAAAAGACAAUUGGAACCAAGUAUAUUUAGAUUUUGGCCUAUUAAUAAUUUAAAAGAAACAAAAUAACGUUACCUGGCAUAAUAUUACACCAAAAAUUAAAAAUAAUUUAAAUUUCAAUCGUCUGCUGAAGAUUUCGAGGGAUGCAGCAAAGGAUUUUUGGUUUAAACACUUCGAACUUAAGAAUUUACCUACACAACUAAAGCCAAAGCAUUGUAAAUAUGUUAUACAAAACAUAAAUAAACUAAUAAUGAAUGCAAAUCAAUUUAUUUAAUAUAUUAUAUAUACUAUGACUAUACUAUACAAUAUACUUAUGACUAUUAUCACUACUAUUCAGUAACGACUUGAAGGUAAAUACUAAAUACUAAAGAAAAAGGCUGCGACUAUUCGCACCCGGGUAUCAGAAGUGAGAGGUUGAGAUUAAAAUAAGAUUUAAAAUAUUAUUUUUGGGUUUGUAAGACAAAAUGAGGUAUCAAAUUACCCUGGUCCCUUUAGACUUUAGUUUAGACUUAAUUACUAAAUCCCAUUCCGAUGUCAUUUUUUUUUUGGUAGUUUAUUUUAGUUAAACUGAAGACUGAAGUAAGUUUACAAACAUAUAUAUAAAUUAUAUAAUAUAGUAUAUUUAUAGUCAUAUAGACUAUAUGAUCAUAUAAUAUGAUAUAAUAAAGUCCAUUCAAUUAUCUUUCAUUCUGAUAGCUGGAUGCAAAUAGCCAUUUGGAAUACUAAAUUUGACUUUGUCUGAUUUGUUUAUCAGAAAUUAUCAUUGUAUUUUUAAAUUAUAUCAAAAAUAUUUAAAUCAUUUUCAUUUAUUUAUAUAAUUAUAAUUCGAACUGGAUGCAUACACCGCGGCGGUGUACCUAGCAAAACCAUCGGCUUUGGCCUGCGUAACCGCGGCGGUGUACCUAGUGAAAUCGUGGGCCUGGGCCUGGAUACAGCGCGGCAAAAAUGUACCAUUGGCCUGGUUUUAAGAUAAGCUUUUUAGAGAAGAUCUCGUGUGGUCAAGUGGUAGAGUGGACGCUUGGCGAUUUUGAGAUCAAUUCCCAGUAGGGGAUCGAGUUUUUUUUCUUCCCAUUUUAGUUUUAAAAUAUUUUGCAGCAAUUUAAACAAUUUAAAUAUAUGUUACAUUCAGAUUAUUAAGUGUUUCAACAAGUUGUGCCAGCCUUUGACUUUGAAAAUACCGGUAAAUUUAGUAAUAAGACAUUAGAAAACAAACUGAAAGUUUCUCAAAGCGCAUGUAUAUUGUAUGAAACAUGUAUAAGAGAAACAUUUUGAAUACUAAGUGAUAUUCUUUUGUAUUCAACAUUCUUCGUGUAGUUGAAUAUUUACAUUUUACUUUUACGAACACCCAAAGAAAAUACCAGUAUAUCAUUAAUAGCAUAUGAAUAUUAAUGUCAUUAAUGUGCAUGGUCGUAUUUCAACAAUCUUGCUUUCACUAUGCCUUAUGCAUUGGCAAAAUGUACACACAAUAUCAACAGUUCAUUCACAGCUCUCAAUCUCACAGCAAAUCUUUUGAAAACACCUCGAUUUUAGAAACUUACGGAACGGUAGCAAACUGUAUAGGAAAGCCAUAGGUCUGCGUUUACCCUUUUUAUGACGGAAUUUGUUUCCAGAAUGGCAUGGCAUGUGCUAUUCUCAGGGUAAAACACGAAGUUAACUCACAGAAACCAUUUCACAAUGCGCUUGGGACAGGAUUUGCGCUAUGUCAAAGUUUUUUUAUUUGUUUCUUUUUGUUAAGAAAUCGAUCCUUGCAGGGGAGGUGGGGGGGGGGGGUGAGUUAUGGGCAGAGGCUUAACCAAGAGGGGGGACAAAUCACGGCUCUGGAUAGGGGUUGUCCACAAAGGACGUCCGCACAACAAACUUACCUUUUGCAUCCCCCCUCCGCCCACAUUUUUUUUACUAAUGUGUAAUGCCAAUUUAAAACUAAAUCAAUGAUAUUUAAUUAUUGUUAAAAGACUUUUAAAAAUCACUGCAGUGUUUUGUAUUUAUCAUCAUACUGUUGUUUUCUGUUGACACACUCUUGGUAUCAUAAUAACAAUGCCUCGGACAACUUUAACUUGACGAUUUCAUGAUCAAUGUAUGAGUAUGUGAUUCUCUUCCCGCACUGUAUUUGUGACGGUAAUUAUAUCUUGGUGCUAACAAAAUAGAUUCACUGGCUUCCCAUUCACUUUUACAUCACGCCCCGAGGGAUAACAUACAAUUUUACAAUUAUAAUGCCCCCCCCCCCCCACCAAAAACAAGGACAAAAAAAAAAAAAAAAACACGGGGCGGAGAAAAAAAAAAAAAACAAUUAAUAAAUAUAUUUAUAUUUCAAUAUAUUGGGGGGGUGGGGGAUAAAAUGGUUAACUUUAAAAAUAAAUCAUGGUUUAACAUUACAGCCCCAGCCCCCUCCCUUCCAAUAAAUAAUAAGAAAUGCUUUACAAGUACUUUGCCACAUAAGCGUGGAACCUACUAAAUAUCUUCCCAAGGUACUAAACGAAUUUUAAAUAGUUUUCAGUUUUAAAUCUACAUUAACCGGUUAGGCCAAAAAGUUAAAGACUCGCAAAGACCAUGGUUUUGCUACUUUAAAUCGCUGCGGUGUACGCAGGCCACAAUAGUUUUGCUAGGUACACCGCCGCGGUGUACGUAGUGCCGGCCAUUAUAAUUAUGGCUGCGGUAAUGGUCGAGUUGCUCACCUUUGGUUGGGUGCCCAAAGCCAAAAUUGAAUGGGUGAAUUAAAUUAAGCCUUUUUGAAGUUUGCCAAUCUGCUUUUAGUUAUAUUUAUAGGCCUAAUAACAAAAUAGUGUAGUCUGUUUAGCCUGCUUAAAUACUAAAUAAUAUCGUUUGUUCCUUUUUUUUGUGUAAUUAAUUUUUUAUGCCUAUUAUUAUUAUUAUUAUUAUAAUAAUAUCAUAUAUUAAGAAUUUUAAAUUUUUUGACCACAAAUUCAAAUCCUCUGAUGAAAUAAACUAAACCAAUGCCUAAAUAUGGUUUUGCAUAGAAUUAGAUAAUUAGAAUAGCAAGUCAUGAACACAAAAUAUUAAAAUAAAUAAAUUAUGGUCAAGACAUACUAUGACUAUAGUAUAGUAGGCUAUACUGCUAAGGCUAUAAAACUGAAAAAUCAAUUGAUUUGGUAGAUAAUUUUGAGAAGCUUGAUAAUUGAAAGAUUUUAGUAAUAGUAUUUUGUCAAAAUGAUUGUAAAAUCCUUGGGGUAGCACUUGCUUCUCCUUGCUCCCCUUUGCAGAUGUCAAAAUGAUUGUAAAAUCCUUGGGGUAGCACUUGCUUCUCCUUGCUCCCCUUUGCAGAUGCCCAUGGGCGCCAUGGCCAUGGCCCAUGAUUUCAAUGUGAAAUAUAUUUCAAUACUAAAUAUUUUUCAGUCAUAAUUAAAAAUAUUUUUCAGUUUCAAUGCUAAAUAUUUUCAGUUGUUUCGUUGGAAUGCAAAACUGAGGCUGUACAGGGAUAAAUCCAGUGGUGAUAUCAAAGUCAAGGGUCUGUUGUCUCUGUGCCGUCCAGUAAGAACCGAUGUUGUGCCAGAGUUACAGAGAUCAGAAAGUAUGUUUUACACCAGACACACUCUGGAUUACAAAUGUAUCUACUGCGAUCCUAGGUAAAUAUAAUUAAAUUUAAAUAUCCAUUUUUUUUAAAAAAGUUGUUCUUGUUCAAUGUUAUGUACCACUCACCAUUUUUUUAAACUUAAAUUUCUCCGACCCCCAGCCUCCUCCCUUUUUUUCAACAAAAUAUGCACAAAGAUAAGUUACUUGAUGAUAGUUUAAAAAAAUCAGUUAAAAAAUAUUUAUUUCUGCUAAAUUAAGAUAAUUAAACUAAGAGUCUUAUAAUGUAAAAAAAAAAGAAUUGAAAUCAGUUUUGAUUCAAUUGUUUGUAUUCAUUAAUAUUUAAAUUACGACAGAAACAGGUGAAAUCAUAUAACUCAUACAAUUAUUUUUUAAACAUAUUCAUAUCACAAUGUUAAAGUAAUUUUUUCAAACACAGGAACAAGCCAUCAUGUAUCAUUAAAGCCCUUUAUUUAUUUGAAGGAAUCCUAGGAGCUCUUUGUGCAAGAAAAUUAGAAAAUGCCUACUGAGAUUUUUUUAUCUUUGAAUUACAAAUUGCUUUUGUUUUGUGGAUUUAAAUGAUAAAGAUGUAGUUCUGCUUUUUCAUAAACUUUUAAACAGUAUUGACAAUAUUCUGUUGUUUUUUCUUCCGAAGAAGGCAUCUAGCCGAAACCUCCACUAAAUAGUCUUGUCUUUUAUUUUCAAGCCUUAACAUUUCUUGUUCCACUAUUUGUAUUUUUUAGUAUAGCUCUACUUUAUUUAAAUAAAAAUAAAGAUAAUAUAUAAAGAACUCGUUUGUCUCGUAUACUGAUAACUUAAACUGCUACCGUGAUCAUGUUUAGUUUCACAAAUGAUUUUUGUGUUGUUUUUUUCUCAAGAGUUGAAGAACUUUUAGGUUAUACCCCAAACAAGAUUUUGGAAACAGACGGCUUUCAACUUAAACAUCCCUGUGAUGUCUUGAUGUGUUUAUACAAACACAAAAGUGGUAAGCUAUAAACGAUAAUUUUUUUUUAGAUAUUUAACAUCUUUAACCAAACUAUCAUAAGGCAGUAAAUCCGAUCAGGGCACGGUGCUCUGGAGACACAACAGAUGAGCCUUUUGCUAUUCAUCUUUUAUUACCGAAGUGUUCUUUCUUAUUUGUCCAAAAGGUAAUUCCAUUAUUAAGCUGCUCCUAUGAAAUGCAUAUAAUUUACAAGUAGUUUAAUUAUGGAUUGAUUUUAUGUAUUUGCAUUUGAUAUGAAUUAAAGCUGAGAUAUUCUUUAAUUUAAAAUAGUUAUGAAUUUUUAAAAAAUGGGCUUGUUCAAUCGUUAAAAACAUUUUAUUUUUUAAAUGUAUAAGUCAAUGCUUGUCAUUUGCAAGAUUUUGCAUUAAAUAGAUCUCAUAUUUAAAAAUUAGUUAAUAAUCCUAAAAUUAAUCUGUGCAAAUGGUUCAGGUUUUUAUUUUUGAACUAUUAGCCUUUUCCCAAGAAAUUCAACCAUUUCAUCAUUCAUUUAAUCUUGAACUGCGGCUAAAAAAUGAUGGUUUUUUAAUUUUGUUUAGAAACUGCUUUAUACUUUAUGUAAACUCAACCAUUACUGUAUGGAUUAUUUGUUGGUUUAUAAAUUGCUUUGAAUAUUUUAAUGCAAGUUCUUCACCAUAAUACAAAUGUACUCUCUAGACUAUGUCCCAGUUUCAUUGGUUGUUCAUGUAAUGAAUAGAAUUAAUUUACCCUAAAUGUUCCAUUCAGUUGUGAUUCAAGGCAAAGGAGACUCGGGCUACUACCGAUUACUUACACAAAAUGGAAGGUGGCAGUGGGCGUUGUCUCAGUAUACCAUCGUGUAUGACAGGACAGGGCAGCCGCUGCACGUGGAUGUUUAUACUUAUACUGUCAGGUAUGUCAUCUGUUUUAUACUUUUUUACUGUCAGGUGCAUCAUCUCUGUUCCCUAGUAACAGCUUUUUGUUUUCAUGUAUUGUGUAUGUAAACCAACUUUUUACGUACUUGAUGUUAGUGUUGUAUAGAUACAUGCAUCAACUUUCUAUGUUCUUGAUGUUAGUGUUGUAUAGAUACAUGCACCAACUUUCUAUGUUCUUGAUGUUAGUGUUGUAUAGAUACUUGCACCAACUUUCUAUGUACUUGAUGUUAGUGUUGUAUAGAUACAUGCAUCAACUUUCUAUGUUCUUGAUGUUAGUGUUGUAUAGAUACUUGCACCAACUUUCUAUGUUCUUGAUGUUAGUGUUGUAUAGAUACUUGCACCAACUUUCUAUGUUCUUGAUGUUAGUGUUGUAUAGAUACUUGCACCAACUUUCUAUGUACUUGAUGUUAGUGUUGUAUAGAUACAUGCAUCAACUUUCUAUGUACUUGAUGUUAGUGUUGUAUAGAUACAUGCAUCAACUUUCUAUGUUCUUGAUGUUAGUGUUGUAUAGAUACAUGCAUCAACUUUCUAUGUUCUUGAUGUUAGUGUUGUAUAGAUACAUGCAUCAACUUUCUAUGUUCUUGAUGUUAGUGUUGUAUAGAUACAUGCACCAACUUUCUAUGUUCUUGAUGUUAGUGUUGUAUAGAUACUUGCACCAACUUUCUAUGUUCUUGAUGUUAGUGUUGUAUAGAUACUUGCACCAACUUUAUAUGAAUGUGAUGUUAGUGUUGUAUAGAUACUUGCACCAACUUUCUAUGUUCUUGAUGUUAGUGUUGUAUAGAUACUUGCACCAACUUUAUAUGAAUGUGAUGUUAGUGUUGUAUAGAUACAUGCAUCAACUUUCUAUGUUCUUGAUGUUAGUGUUGUAUAGAUACAUGCAUCAACUUUCUAUGUUCUUGAUGUUAGUGUUGUAUAGAUACAUGCACCAACUUUCUAUGUUCUUGAUGUUAGUGUUGUAUAGAUACUUGCACCAACUUUCUAUGUACUUGAUGUUAGUGUUGUAUAGAUACUUGCACCAACUUUCUAUGUACUUGAUGUUAGUGUUGUAUAGAUACUUGCACCAACUUUAUAUGAAUGUGAUGUUAGUGUUGUAUAGAUACAUGCACCAACUUUAUAUGUUCUUGAUGUUAGUGUUGUAUAGAUACAUGCACCAACUUUAUAUGAAUGUGAUGUUAGUGUUGUAUAGAUACAUGCACCAACUUUCUAUGUUCUUGAUGUUAGUGUUGUAUAGAUACAUGCACCAACUUUAUAUGAAUGUGAUGUUAGUGUUGUAUAGAUACAUGCACCAACUUUAUAUGUACUUGAUGUUAGUGUUGUAUAGAUACAUGCACCAACUUUCUAUGUUCUUGAUGUUAGUGUUGUAUAGAUACUUGCACCAACUUUCUACGUACUUGAUGUUAGUGUUGUAUAGAUACUUGCACCAACUUUAUAUGAAUGUGAUGUUAGUGUUGUAUAGAUACAUGCACCAACUUUAUAUGUUCUUGAUGUUAGUGUUGUAUAGAUACAUGCACCAACUUUAUAUGAAUGUGAUGUUAGUGUUGUAUAGAUACAUGCACCAACUUUCUAUGUUCUUGAUGUUAGUGUUGUAUAGAUACAUGCACCAACUUUCUAUGUACUUGAUGUUAGUGUUGUAUAGAUACUUGCACCAACUUUCUACGUACUUGAUGUUAGUGUUGUAUAGAUACUUGCACCAACUUUAUAUGAAUGUGAUGUUAGUGUUGUAUAGAUACAUGUACGUAAACACAUAGUUUACUUAAGUAUACAAAUUGCAUUAAUAUUACCCAUGUCAAUAUCUCUCCUUUACUACAUAGCUAUAAAUAUGUUCACACUUAAGUGCAAAGGAGGAAUUAAAUAUUUUUAGAUAGGGAUCGAUUUGUGAUAUGCCAAUUAUGUUUAUAAGUCUAGUGAAAUUUUGAAUUGGAACCUAUAAAAAUAGUGAGAUAACUUCAGUUUAAAUAGAGUGUAGUUAAUACCAGUGCAGCCCUGUAAUGAGGAAAAUUCCCCACUUUUAAACCUUAAUACAGAAAAACUUAAUUUAAAAAAUAAAUAAAUAUUCUCUUCUUUUAAAGAUCGGCAAAGGCAACCACUUCAAUAGAUCUACUCCAUGUACAUUCGAAUAAUUGUGUACACCUCAAAUAUAAAUUUAAGCAUUUAAAGACCCAGCUGAUCCCGAUUGCUAUUGUUCUAAAGCUAAAAUAUAUAACUAACACACAAACCCUUACACUCUCAGGUAUACAGAUAGAGUUUGCUCAAACAGUGCGAAACCUGGGUGUCUACUUAGACAGAAAACUAUCUAUGGAAAAUCACAUUAACAUGCAUUGCAAGGCGAUUUUCUAGAGCUGCGCAGAAUUAGUCAUAUCAGACCUCUUAUUAACAUUAGACGCAUCGAAGAGGCUGAUGUCUGCAUUCGGGCUAUCACACACACAUGGACUAUUGUAAUGCUCUUAUGGUGGGUCUUCCAGCUACGCUCCUGGGUAAAAUUCAAAAAGCACAGAAUAAUGCGGCUCGCAUUGUUCUUCAAAACGCAAAUUCCACCAUGCUAAAACUUUUCUGAGAGAGUUGCAUUGGUUGCCGGUCCGCGCUCGCAUAGAGUACAAAAUUGCAACUCUGUGCUACCGCUGCUUGCAUGACCUGGCACCGUCCUAUCUCAAAGUGCUACUUACGCCUUAUGUACCCUCUAGACAACUCUGCUCAUCUGAUAGUGGCAAACUCUCGAUACCACGUGUUCGCCAUGAGACUUACGAGGGGCGCACUUUCGCAUUUGCUGGCCCAACAAUUUGGAACACUCUUCCUAUCGCUAUCAGAAACAGCCAGACACUGGAGUCUUUCAAAACUGAUUUGAAGACUUAUCUUUUUGCAAACACCUGCUGGGGUGAUGUUGUCUAUCUAGCUAUUAUCUUGAAGACGUAUAUUGGCCUGUGUUGUUUAUGGUUGCAAGGUGUGAAAGACUUAGAAUGGGUAUUCUUGUAUGUAGUUUUGUAAUGUUGAAUUUUUUACUUCAAUGUGGUAUGUACCGCGCUUCGAGCCUUUGGGGAUGUAACGUGAUUUUUAAAUAAUCUUUAUUAUUAUUAUUAUUAUUAUAUAUCCAAGGCGAAUUUUAUGAAAUUAUUGUACUAUUUUUAUUUCAGUUUGAAGAAUUUACACUUUUAAAAAAACAUUUUUUAUUGUGUACAUAAUCAAAGUAAUUAAAUUUUUAUAAUACAGAACAAAGAAAGGAAACAAAUCAAUAUUUAUAUCACAGGAUGCAGACAGAAUUUUUAUAUUAUAAGAUGCUACUGUUUUGUUUCUUGACCAUUUCUUUAAAAAGUUAAGCUUUGCUUUUAUUUCAGUGUGGAGGAAGCUCAAUGCGUCCUCUCAAGGGAGAAGAAAGAUUACGAGAGAAUGAAGGGCCAGGGUUUCGACUUCGACCUGGCCCCGUACGGUCUAGCCAAACCUACUCUGGCAAGUAUUGCUGCAGGACGAGAGCUGAAGAGACAAAAAGUGAGCCACAACUUCACGGGUGUCUCUGUCAGCUGUAAACUAACGACUUCCGGUUUUAAACCCUCUGCAUCAAGUGACAUCGCAUCAUCAUCAUCGUCGUCUCCCUUCUCAUCCUUUUCGUCUGGGUCACCUGGUCCUCUCAGCAGUGCAGACCUUACACAAGAGCAUGCUGUGACUGACCACUGGGAGAGUUAUGAUGAGAACUCUUUUAAUUUUAUUGAAGAGAUGGGCCUACCAUCCUCAAAUGCCAUCACCACUCAUCAGACAGGUCAGGUUGAUACAAUGUCUAAAUCAUCACCAGACAGCGGCAUUGAUGCUGGGUCGGAUACUGAGGUCAACAACCUGGUAUUACCUCAGCUCAAUGGGGACCUGACAGGCCAAAUUUCAGAUUUCUCUUUUACACUGGAUUUAUUAGUUAACCACAUCGACUUUCAACAAGACAGAACUAAACAUCCUAAUAAAGAUAAAAUAUUUAGCAUUGAAAAAGAUGAUGAAUGGUUAAAUCUGAAUGACUGGUACACUAAAACAGGCUCAUGGCCAAGUAAUGGACAUUGUUCAAUACUGGACCCAAUAACACCUGACGAUGAAAUAGAUUUGAACAUCUCUCCAAUCGCCAGUGUGGAGCUUCAGAGCCCACUGCUAGACAUUGACCUUCUACUUUCUGAUGAAGACAUGCCUGACUCGCCUUUCAAUCUACCAUCCAUCCCCGCAGCACCAGCGUCUCCUCAUCUAAAUCUACCAUCAAAUCCAGGAACACAAUCUCUUCCUAUGAAUCUACCAUCAAAUCCAGGAACACAAUCUCUUCCUAUGAAUCUACCAUCAAAUCCAGGAACACAAUCUCUUCCUAUGAAUCUACCAUCAAAUCCAGGAACACAAUCUCUUCCUAUGAAUCUACCAUCAAAUCCAGGAACACAAUCCCUUCCUAUGAAUCUACAAUCAACCCCAGAAAAACAAUCUCCUACUAAGAAACCACCAUAUACCCCAGCAACACCAUCUCCUCCAAUGAAUGUACCACCCUCUCCAUCAUGCCCUGAUUUUGAAAUUCAGAGCAUUCUCAAUUUCUUUGUACCAGACAAAAUGUGCGAAAAAUUGUUGACAAAAUCAUCCAUCCAAAUCCCAACUUCUGCCUGCGAUGUGGCACCUAGCAUUACGGAUAAAAGCUUUUUAGCCACGUCAUCAGACAAUUUAGAUCCGUCUCCACUUUUAAUCCCCGCCCAUUUCUCUAAUUCGGGAAAGGACGAGGCGGUUGUCGACCAUGGAAGUUGUAACGCUCAACCUAGGACAACGAAUUCAAUAGGACGAGUUCCAAAAUCUAAGUUUUUCAGUUCAACAGAAGACACUGAUAUCCAACCUUUCAGAUGCCCAGAUAUCAUUGUCAAAAUCAACCAAAACAUCAGAAAUAACCAAAGUGAGUCUAGUUCAGAUGAUGGCCUUGAUAAAAGACUUUCAGAGUUGAGGCCAUCAUCACUGAAAAAUCCCACAGAUUUUUGUAAUUUUCAUGCAAAUGAUGUUCAAAAUACGUCCAUUUCUACUGGUGGCUCAUCUGGGGUUGCCAUGCCAAUAUCUAAUAAACAAACCAAUCAACAGGGGGUCUCAUCCACAACUUUUUGUACCCGUAAGAGACUUAGGGGUUCUGCUGUAGCUCCAUAUUUAAAACAAACAGUUGCUUGUUCCAGUAAAAGAAAUCACAAGUUAAUCAAUUCUCCAGAUAAAAACUUGUGCCAUAUAGGAAACCUAUCAAAAGAAUGUAGUGCAUUAAACAGUCAAGACAUUUUUGAAGAUGAAUUGUCCUUGGGCCGUUUUUCACAACAAACAGAUUCUAGUUUUAGUAGGAGAAUUAACACAGGAGAUAAUUUAGGGACUUCCCCGUGUGGUAAUGAACAAUUAAGUAAAACAUUGUGUUCCCAGUCUAAUGCUAUUAGUAGAAGUUUUAAAAGAGUUACAGAUGAUGAAAACACUCUUUCCUGUUUUAGUGGGAGCCCACAACAUGAAUUUAGCACUUGUAAUGAACCACCUGUUCACACAAAUGUAUUGUCAGAAUUUCAAGAGCCGGCUGGUCAACAAACUGCCCAUGCACCUCGGCGAUUUUUUCAUGAUACACAACUCUUUCAUCGAGGUGCGCCAUCCGCUCCUCAUCAGGGGUCACAGCUCUCUCGUGGGGGUGAUAAGGAUGUUCAGCAUACUUUGCUAUCAUCUCCUAUGUUUCAAAGCAGCAGGACAGAUUUCAACCAGAUUAUUCCCGAUAUAAUUGUCCCUGCGUCAUUUGUCCCAAGCACCAUUUUAAAAAGUCAUUACACCAGCGGCGCUGUUGUCAGUCAAGUAGGAUUACCCCCAUCACACCUGGAUGAUUCUGAUUUAAGCUACCUUUUAAAGCAAUUUGACAGCAGUGAGUCACAGGUGGAUGGAGUUAACAGUGAAAGAUCCAGUUGCCCAACAUUAGCAGACGAUUUGCAGAAUUUGGACUUGGAUUUUUCUACGAUUGAAUCUGAGUUAACGAAAUGUGGAGUUGAUCUCAGUGACUACAUUUAGGUGGAUCAGACUUGACUUUUGUAUUUAUAAAACAAAAAUAGGGAUAAUUUUAAUAAACACGGGAACACAUGUGCACUAUCUGUUUUUAACUAAAUUAUAUUUAUAAAUAGUUGUAGCCCGCGAAUCAGUGGCAACCACAAUGGGUGAAGAUCCCACCUACUAAAGUUACCUGAUAAAACAUACACUAAAGUAGUGCACUUUAUAAGAGUCCCAAUUAGUGCCCCUACCCAGGUUUGCCACCACACACCUUUUUCACGCCCCUGAAUUAUAUUUAUAUUCUAAUGUCCCAACCUCUUAUACAGCAGAUUUAUAAUACCAUAAUAAUAUUGAAACUGACUAUUUGUUGAGAUAAAACAAAAGAAAAUAUUAGGCACUUAACCCGCUUACUUUAUUUAUAAGAAUAUUAUUAGUGCAGUUGUCAGGAAUUUUAUUUAAUGAAAUCAGCGCCAUCUGGUAGUGCUAGUGACAUUGUUAGGUGUUGAGAAUUAUGUAUUUUGAUAUUAUCUUUCCAAAAAAGUAUCAAAUUUGUUUAUCAGUGUAAAUAAAUAAAACAAAACAAUUGAACAUACAUAAAAGUCUCAGUGUGUUACAAUAGUUUCUUAAACUUGCAUAAAAAAAGAUUUAGCCACACUACAUCAGUAAACAUUAAAUUUGAUGAAAAAAAAUAUAUAUGAUUGUUGCUAUCUUUUCUCAACAAAAAGUAAAUCUCUGUGCUUUUAAAGACCCAAGUUUAAGAAAUGUUGCAGGCGUAUAUUAUUAAUUAUAUAAGAUAAUUGACAACUCUUUUAAAGUAAUUUUGUUUUUUUAUGGAGAGCUCCAUGUUUUCAUUCUGUUUAAACCCAUUUAGUUUUGUAUAUUCUAACAGGAGUGAAUGUAAUCUGGUGCUACUCAGGGGAUAAAUCUGAUUGUUUUUAAAAUGUCAGCCUUUUAAAAUUAAACUUAGUAAAUAGAUAAUUAGUUUAAUUAGUUGAUAGUAUAGAAUAUCCUAAGGUGGAUAGACAGAGACAUGGUGUGUUGAGAAUGGACAGAGCAUUAAUAUCAUUUGUUGUCUAUUUAUAGACUCAAAAAACAGAUUCCUGCCUCUGGGACCAAAAACAGUUUUCCAUUUCUUUGAAUGAGUACCACCUGUUACGACAGUACAACUGUACCCACACAACCUAUUACAUAGGUACAAAUUACAACUGGACCCAUACCACCUGUUAAGUAGGUGCAACUGUACCCAUACCACCUGUUAAGUAGGUGCAACUGGACCCAUACCACCUGUUAAGUAGGUGCAACUGUACCCAUACCACCUGUUACUUAGGUGCAACUGAACCCAUACCACCUGUUAAGUAGGUGCAACUGGACCCAUACCACCUGUUAAGUAGGUGCAACU